GAUGGCUGCCCAUGUCCCCACAAGCCCUGGCCUCCCUCAGAUGCUCAAGGCAGGUGUGAAGUACUUCAGCGGCCUACAGGAGACCCUCUUCAGCAACCUGACGGCCUGCAAAGCCUUGGUGCGGUCGUUGCGUACCUGCUACGGCCCCAUGGGCCGUAACAAGCUGGUGGUCAACCAUAUCGGCAAGAGCUUCCACACCUCCCACGCCGCCACCAUUCUGCGCGAGCUGGAGUUGGAAAACCCGGUGGCGUGCCUGCUGCGAACGGCUGCCGAAUCCCAAGAGGAAGAGACGGGCGACGGCACGAAUUUUGUGAUCCUCCUGGCUGGGGCGCUGCUGGAGAACGCAGAGAAACUCCUGCGGUCCGGGCUCCCGGUGGUCCACAUCCGUGCAGGUUACGAGAUGGCCUCUAAGGAAGCCCUGCGCCUGUUGCCCGGCCUCGUCUGCCACGUUCUGAAAAGGCCACGUGACGUGGACGAGGUGAUGUGGGUCCUGCAGACCGUCCUGGGCAGCAAGGUCUUUGGCCACCAGACGUUCUUGUCCCGACUCGUUUCCAAGGCCUGCGUCUCAGUGCUGCCCCAGGCAGGCACAACUUUCGACCCGGACUUCAUCCGUGUCUGCAAAAUCCUCGGCGGCAACGUGACCGACUCUCGUGUCUUGGAGGGCAUGGUCGUCUGCACAGAGCCGGAAGGGGUGGUCAAGCGGGUGGAGAGGGCCCGUAUCGCGGCCUACUCGUGCCCCUUUGGCCCAUCUGGGUUUGAAGCAAAGAACACUGCUGUUUUCCAGAAUGCGAUGCAACUGAAGGACUUCGGCGACAGUGAAGAGAAACUGAUGGAGAAUCACAUCCAGGAGAUCGCUCUCGCCGGCGUCAAUACGGUCAUCGUUGGAGGAAAGCUGGAGGACAUGGCGCUCUUCUAUGCCAACAAGUAUAGGAUCAUGGUUGUGCGGCUGAGGUCCCGGAUGGAGCUGCAGAGCCUGUGCCGGGCGGUGGGUGCCACCCUGCAGAACAGCUUGGUCCCCCCGCCACCUGAAGCGAUCGGGCACUGCCGCCGUGUCUACAUGAGCGAGAUCGGCAGCACCCUGGUGGUUGUGUUCAGUCAAGAAGGGGCGGCUUGCCCUGUGGCCACUGUGGUACUUCGAGGAGCCACUCUGGAGAUGCUGGAAUGCGUGGAAGAAGCCAUCCGUGAUGGAAUCAGCGUCUACAAAGUCUUGGCCGGUGAUCCGCGGCUCUUGCCCGGCUCCGGAGCCACAGAGAUGGCGCUAUCGGUGCGGCUGAGCACUCUAGGGAUGUAUUAUCCCGGAUCUGAGCAAUACGGCAUCUUGGAAUUCUCCCAAGCUUUAAAAACCCUUCCAGCCACCCUGGCCGAAAACGCAGGGCUGCCAGUCAACGAGGUGAUGGCUAAGAUGGAGGUACAGCACCAGCUGGGCACGCAAAACACUGGCAUCAAGUUGAUCGCUGAGGAAGCCGAUACGAUCAACGUCACCAAGGAAGGCCUGCUGGAUCCCUUCUUGGUAAAAUACCGGGCUAUUGCCUUAGCAACCCAGGUGACGGUCACACUGCUGGGAGUAAGUGAGAUCAUGGUGGCCAAGAAAAGUGGGGGACCCAGGCCCAGGGGGGAGAACCCCAACUGGGACAAAGAACCGGAUAUGCUGGAAUGA